AUGGCGGAGGAAAAAACAUGGGCGUUGGUCUCAGAGGUGGGGGGCGAGCACGGUUACCUUGAAGAGCUAGCUGACAUACUGAAACAACACUUCCGAAUCAUCUGCUACAGAGAGCUUCUAGAAGACCCAGUGCUUCACGGCCCCAAAAUCCAGGUUCUGUUCAUGUGGAAGUAUUGUCCUGCAGCCGAGCCUUUGUUGCUUGGCCUGCUUCCUUCCCUCAAAGUGGUUGUCAGCGGAGGAGUGGGCAUCGACCACCUUGACGUACCGUUCAUUAACAGUCUCGGGGCAAAGGUGGCCAACACGCCAGGCGUAGUCAGCGACUCUACUGCAGAUUUGACCAUGGGUCUGCUUCUGGCAUCAGCUCGCAAGAUCCUUGACGGUCAUCAAAUAGCAAUUGACCCAAAGACAAUGCACAUACCACAAAGUCUGAUGGGAGUUGAAGUCACAGGGUCGACUCUAGGGAUCAUUGGAAUGGGAGAGAUUGGUUACAAAAUUGCCCAAAGAAGCAAAGGAUUUGAAAUGAAGAUCCUGUAUCACAACAGGACCAGAAGAAAUGUGGAGGAUGAGCAGGCAGUUAGAGCGAGCUACUGCGAGAGCCUGGACGACCUGCUGAGGAAGUCGCACUUUGUGGUGAUAGCUGUCAAACUGACCUCGGACACAACGGGUCUCGUCGGCCACAGAGAGCUAUCCCUUAUGAAACCCACAGCAACACUGGUCAACAUCAGCAGAGGCCAAGUUGUGGACCAGGAUGCCUUAGUUAAGGCUCUCCAGUCGGGAUCAAUUCGUGCAGCAGCAUUAGAUGUGACUCAUCCUGAACCUUUACCAAGGGACCAUCCCCUCCUCGGCCUACCUAAUGUGCUGAUCACACCCCACAUUGGGAUCAGUACCUACAAUACAGCAAGAAGGAUUGUGGAGAAGAUGGUAGAAAAUGCCCUGGCUGCAGUGAAAGGCUUACCUGUUCCAAAUGAAGUCAAGCUGCAGUUACACAAUUAA